UUAUUUGGGAAAACGCAACAAAACCAAAACAGAACAACACUACAUUUCUAGUUCUGCGUAACAGUUAAGUUUGUGUAGCAACAGUUCGUAUAAAGCAUCCGAUUCCGAGAGGAACAUCACACCAACUAGUUGUGCAUCUCGUGUUGGACACUUGGACUACAUACAACCCACCAGUUCAACUUAGUUCCAGUAGUCAAUACAAACGAAAUGGAGGUUUCAGGCGGUCGAAGUUCCAACUUCAAAUUAAAGGUAAAUACUUUAAUUGAAGCUGAGUCGGACAGAGACAAGCUGUAUCAGUGUUUGAGGGACUACCAGCUGAACCAUGAGAUACAUGAUUUUGUGGACACCCUUAAAUCAGUGAUCAUUCAUCCAGACCAUCUGGUUUUGUUAGAUGAAGUGCGUACAUUCAUCCAGCCUUCUCAGCAAAUGCUGUAUAACCAGCUUAUUCCUCAAUCACCUAGCAAGAAAUUGAGGACCGUCAGACUUGUUGGACAUGCAAAUGAAAACCUUGGUUUUGCAUUACGCGGAGGUGUUGAGUUUGGAGUGGGAAUGCUUGUAUCUCAAGUCAUUGCAGACUCGCUGGCUGCUCAAAAAGGACUCAAGGUGGGAGAUGAAAUUGUUCGUUUGAAUGGAUACAACAUCAGCCAAGCCACAAAUAAUGAAGUGAUAUCCACUAUUGGAAUGAGCAAAACACUCACAUUGAAAGUUCGAAAUACUGGCAUGCUUCCAAUGAAGAAUGACAGAUCAGAUCCUGUUACCUGGAAGUUCAUCAACGAGGGACAGUCAGGUUUUCAGGUUGAUUCAGGAACAGGGAAUGAUGGAGAAACGAAGACAGAACGCAAGGUGUUUGUUAAUCUACAGUCAGGCAAGAAAUUGGGCUGUGGAAUUGGCACCGGACACAAAAAUGAGCCCGGCAUUUUCAUCUUGAAAAUAAAUCCUGGCUCAUUGGCUGAUACACUCAAUUUUAAGAUUGGAGAUCAAAUUCUUGAUGUCAACGGCACAAGUUUCUUGAAUAUUUCCCAUGAUACAGCUGUCAUGGAGCUGAAAUCAAGCAGUCAGAUGACUAUUACCCUCAGAUCUAAAGAGAACUAUGUACAGGUUGGUCAGUCUGGAGCCUCAGUUGAUGAGGAAAGGCAACCUCCACCAAUAAGCAAACAGGCAAAGCAAUCCGAUUCUACUCAGCCCAAGGCAUGGUGGGACAAGGAUCCUUACAGUCUGUUUAGCCACCGUCAGAUUGAUGGGCGCAAGCUUUGUAAGAUAGAGAUUGUCAAGGAUUCCCCAUUAGAGAUGCUGCUUGAAGGCGGUAUAGGUUCUCCAUUGUCAGGGAGGGUGGUUAUAGCUGAGGUCUACUCAGGAGGGGCAGCUGAUCGCAGUGGACAACUUUUUAAAGGAGACCAACUGAUGAUGGUAGAUGGGAAGUGUAUGACUGACAUCUCCUUGAAUGCUGCUCAAGAUAUUCUGAAAGAGGCUAUGACGUCUUUAGAUGGCACUGAGGUUUUGAGAGUGAUCACUGCUAUGUGUCCAGUCAAGAACUAUGAAGAUGAACUGACCUUCUUCUAGUGACGUGUCCAGUGAUUUAAUUUUCUAGUCGUGGUUGGCAACAGAUUUGCCAAAAAUUGAAUAUUAGAAUCCUAAUUAUGCAAGAAAGAGACAUUUUUAUUAAAGUCUUUGUUAGCUUUUGUUUGGUGGUUAUUAAUUUCAACUCUCCAAUAAUAUGUUUAAAACAUUUUAAAAUACCUGAAACAGUUUACCAAUUCCUGUUGGUCGAGAGCCUGCUGCAUUCUGCGCCACAUUGCGCAGUAUGCACCUCGCGCGGGCCAAUUUCCAUACAAGGAGAUUUUUAGAACUACGCAUGCGAGGCACAUAUCAUGCGAGGCACAUACCAUAGACAUGGCCUGAGGGGUGUUUCACAAAAUAUGAAGUCAAAUUGUUAAACAAAAUUGUUAGAAAGUUGUGAUUUGUUUUACUUGUUUUAACUUUUUGACCAAGCGCAUAUUUAUUCCCUUAAUUAAAUGCCAAUCAGGGGUUGGCAAAGAAAGGUCUAUAUUGACUUUUGUCUCUAGUAGUUGUCAUUGCAAGCUGAUUUAUUAGCUCACCAUAUUAAAUUAAUAUUUAGAUAAUUUUGAUAGGUUGUAUUCAGUACAUGUAUCAUAAUUGUAUUUGACAAUUACAGUAAUUUAACUGCAGAAAUAUCCUACUUGAUUAUUACAUGUUCAUGAAAUUAUGGAGACAAUGAGUAAAAUGUAUAAGUAUGUGUACAUGUAUACAAGAACAAUAUUCUCAUUUAGAUAUUAUUUGGUGAGUUAUUUGUUUGUACAAAGGAAUUCACAAUACAAGAAGAAAGCUAUAUCCUCUACCCACUUCUAUCAUGGGGAAAAGUUCCAAUCCAUUUGUAGACAUUGCCUAACUAUGUGUCAUUUUGACUGGGCCUAAAGCAGUUAGGCACUGCAUCAUAUCUAGUGAUUUAUGAAUUUGUGGUGGUUUUAUUUAUUAGUGCAUUUAUUACUUGUGUGUGAUAAAGCAUGUAAUCAAUAAAGCAGGGUUGAUGCAUAGGUUAGAAGUCCACGGUAAUUUGGGAAAGUUUUUGGUUGCAUAGCUCCAUGGUUGCAUACUGUAUUGCACAUUGUAAAUCAUCAAAAUAAACAGAUGAACAUUUUCAGUAAAGUAAGCUUUCAUUGUUUAGCAUCCAUCACAAAGAGUAAAUGGAAUUACUGACAUCAAAAUGUUUGAAAGCGUGUUUAUGCUUUAAAAGUUAUGUACCCUAGAUCUAUAUUAUCGUAGUACAUUACUACAAAAGCUACCCUUAGUCAGAGUAGCAAGCAUGGUGAAAAUGCCUAUUUUUGUUUUUAUUCGUGUAUGUAAAAUAUAUCAAUAUGGAAUAACGAUAAUUUGACAAUACUUAAAUUUUCCCCUAUAUUUACAAUGUGUGAUCAAACACUUGACAAUGUAGUGUUUUAGUUUUCAUUUUCCAUGUUUAUUUUUUUCAUACAAGUAGGCCUACAUCUAAGUAGUAAUUAAUAUACACGGUGCAUUUUGUUAUUAUGUGCACUGAACUGUUUUCAAAACUGGAUAUAAUUCUAGGAUAUUUUACAAUUGGACUGAUGCUCUGCAAUUUGUGUACAGUCUGACCACAGUUUUAAUGAAUCCAGUUCUACGUCCAUUACGGAAUCAAUUAAAUUUCCAAAAUAGAAAAAAAAAGUACUUCUUCAAUUUAAACUAAACAAGCAAAUUGAAAAUUCCUUAUAGGAGAAAAAAUAUCGAAUAUGAUGAAGAGCAAAAAUAUAUACAAAGUUGAACCAGAAUAAACCGCUGGCGAUUCGUCCGUUUUAUGAAUGAAGUUUCAAA